AUGGUGGACUACAGCAAAUGGAAGGAUAUUGAGAUUUCGGACGAUGAAGAUGAAACUCACCCUAAUAUCGAUACUCCAUCAUUGUUUCGUUGGAGGCAUCAAGCCCGAAUUGAACGUAUGGAGGAGCGUAAGCGUGAACUCCAAGAACAUGAACAACGUAAGACUGAAAAUAUAAGGAAACUUGCGGAAACAAAACGGAAGAUCGCUGAGGCAGAAUCUAAAGGUGCAAAUUUAGAUUCCUUGAAGGCAGAGCUUGCUAGUAUUGAAAAGGAGCAAAAGGAAAUUCAAGCUAAAGAAGAGGAACUUAAAAAGAAAGAAAAGAAGACUCCAUGGAAUGUUGAUACUAUUAGUGAACCGGGCUUUACAAAAACUAUAAUUAACACAAAACCAAAUCGUCCUAAAGAUGAGAAUCUCACAGAGGAAGAAAAAGAGGCUAGAAUGAAGAAAUUUAUCAAAGAAAAUGAAAGCCUGUUGAAGCAAUUUGGGAUGCUUCGUAAAUUUGAUGAUUCCAAAGCAUUCUUGCAACAGCACAGUCAAUUAGUUUGUGAGGAAACAGCGAAUUAUCUUGUUAUUUGGUGUAUAAACUUGGAAAUGGAAGAGAAACAUGACUUAAUGGCACAUGUAGCCCACCAGACAAUUUGCAUGCAAUACAUUCUGGAAUUAUCUAAACAAUUGGAUGUUGAUCCAAGGGCUUGUGUCGGAUCAUUCUUUUCUCGAAUCCAAGUAGCUGAGAAGACAUACAAAGACUCGUUUGAUGAUGAGCUAGCACAGUUCAAGUCUAGAAUCCAAAAACGAGCUGCGGAGAAAAUCCAGGAAGCUAUUAAAGAACAAGAGGAAGAAGAACGGAAAGCAAGACUGGGACCAGGAGGUCUGGAUCCCGUAGAAGUUUAUGAAGAAUUACCUGAUGAAUUGAAAAAAUGCUUUGAUGCACAAGAUGUGCCAAUGCUGCAAGCAACUAUUGCGAAAAUGCCAGAACAAAAAGCUAUUUACUACAUUAAAAGGUGUGUUGAUGCUGGUCUGUGGGUCCCCGGGAAAAAUGAUGAAGAACCUACUAUGAAAGCAAACUCUUCAGAACAAGAAUCAACACCAUCAGUGAGCACUAAUGAUGUGGAUUAA